GUCCCAAAGCUUCAACCAAAGUUUUGUCUGUCACAAAACUUUAUCAAUGAGAAGUGACAAGCCGAAAAUUUUCUCAGAUUCACAACUUUUCCCUGAAGUGUGGAUGAGUUUAUAUCACGGUGAGUAUGGAAACAACUCGCGGUCUGUGGUUUCAGCUAAGUCCAAAAAGAAGAACUUGUGCUCAUAAAUUCAAUUUACGAACCAAAUGAUGAAGCUAUACACAAACACUUUUGYCAUCMUCUUGACUCUCGCCCUCCUGGGCAUUUCUUCUGUUUCGGGAAACGCCGGCAGAGAAAACAAUGAUAGAGUUCGUGCCCUCAAGGCAAACAAAGCCAACAACUACGAGUACUAUGGGGCGAAAAACACGAACAACGAUUUCGAAGUUAUCGAUCAGAGAUCUGUAAAUACAAAUUCAAAUCAUAAAGUAGGCAAGAACUCAGGCAAGAACUCAAACACAGGGAGAAAUGAAGUGAACAGCGAUUUCGAUGUCAUCAGAAGUCAUGACAAAAAACACAAAGAAGGCCGUAACAAGAAGAAAGAUAAACCCAAGAAUAAACCACUUCCUCGGAAUAUGCCACCCAGCCCCACCCCAGUACCAUCUACCAAGUCACCUUCRUCUCCCACACCAUCUGGAAAGGGUAGAGGAAAAGGAAAAGGAGGAAAGGGCGGGAAAGGCCGCAAAGCAGGAAAGAAGGGAAAAGGUAAAGGAAAGGGCGGAAAGGGCGGAAAGGGUGCCAAGUACAGAAAACCCGAUACCGCUGCUCCUAUYACUGCUGCCCCCUCUGGAGCUCCUUCAUUCGCGCCGUCGGACGCGCCUAGUCCGGCCACCUCAGUUUCACCAUCCCUUGGGGCCGCGCCGGAUACACUCAUGCCAACCCCUCUAGGUUCUACAGCAUCUUCCUUGGUAUCUUCCGUGUUUGUGAGUUCCGAAAGCAGUUCCGAAUUCACUUCCGUAUCCAGUACCGAAAGCAGUAGCGACGCCGCUGCCACCAACGGAGAGGGUGUGGGUGCCGCUGCUGGUGAUGGUGUUGGCCACAAGCGAAAAAACAAGCGAAAAAACACGCGAAAAAACAACCGCAAUCCCAACCGUCACAAAAAGGGAAGGUGGGUUCUGGUAAAAACCAAAGACGGUGAGUGGAGACGAAAAACGAAGAAUCAUCGCAAGCGAAAUGAAAACAAWGGUGUCACUGUCAGCRAAAACGAAAACGAAGAGCUCGGAGACGAAGAAGUUUCCAUCUUCCAAGACGAAGGUGAAGACAAUGAAGAAGAGGAAGUCGAUGAAGUGGAAGUCGAAGAAGAAGAAGUAGAAGAAGAAGUGGAAGAGGAAAUGGAAGAGGUGGAAGAUGAAGGCGAAGAAGCUCCUCUUCAACUGUAAGCGUAACAUUUACGAAAACMAUGU